UGCUGUCAAGUCCAAAAUAUAACAAAAACAAAAAAAAUGUACAUCUAAUAAUUUCUACUGUAAAGUUUUUCGGAAGCGAAUUUUAUGCAGUAAUGAGUCCAAAAAAUUGAUCAUUACUUUUGCAAACAUUUUGAGAGCUAUUGAUCUAUAAGUUAAUUUAGUUGAGUGCAUUUUAACAUAUAUGUCCCGAAAACUCGCAACGUUUAUUACGGUGAAAUGGGGGCAAACAUUUCGCAGCUUGAGCGGGAUAUUGGUGCCGAUCAGUUUCCACCCAACGAGCACUACUUUGGACUAGUUAAUUUCGGGAAUACCUGCUACAGCAAUUCAGUGCUUCAGGCAUUAUAUUUCUGUCGACCGUUCCGGGAAAAGGUUCUCGAAUACAAAGCGAAAAACAAGCGUACAAAGGAGACUUUGCUUUCCUGUCUGGCGGAUCUGUUUUAUAGUAUAGCAACGCAGAAGAAAAAAGUUGGUUCGAUUGCUCCGAAAAAAUUUAUCGCUCGGCUACGGAAGGAGAAGGAGGAAUUCGAUAAUUAUAUGCAGCAGGAUGCUCAUGAGUUUUUGAACUUCCUAAUUAAUCACAUCAACGAAAUUAUUCUUGCGGAGCGAAACCAGGCCAAAGGUGCGGCAGCAGCUGCAAACAAAGUUGGAUCCAACAUGGGAAUGGGCGGUAGUCUAAACGGGGAUAGUUCUCAGCAACCACAGGAACCGACCUGGGUACAUGAGAUAUUCCAGGGUAUCUUGACAAGUGAAACUCGGUGCUUAAACUGCGAAACGGUCAGCAGUAAAGAUGAAAACUUCUUCGACCUGCAGGUCGAUGUAGAUCAGAACACCAGCAUCACGCAUUGCUUGCGAUGUUUUAGUAACACAGAAACACUGUGUAGUGAUAACAAGUUCAAGUGCGACAACUGUUGCAGUUACCAGGAGGCGCAAAAACGGAUGCGAGUUAAAAAAUUGCCAAUGAUUUUGGCGUUGCACCUUAAGCGUUUCAAGUAUAUGGAGCAGUACAACAGGCACAUAAAAGUGUCGCAUCGUGUCGUGUUUCCACUGGAGCUAAGACUAUUUAAUACGUCGGAUGAUGCUGUGAAUCCAGACCGCCUCUACGAUCUGAUGGCUGUAGUGAUCCACUGCGGUUCUGGACCUAAUCGUGGACACUACAUAAGUAUAGUGAAAAGUCACGGGUUUUGGUUGCUUUUUGAUGAUGACAUGGUCGAUAAAAUUGAAGCAUCCACUAUAGAGGACUUUUACGGCCUUACCUCGGAUAUUCAGAAGUCCUCUGAAACGGGUUAUAUUCUAUUCUAUCAAUCACGAGAUGCAACCUAACUUAGAGCCUGAGUUCUGCCUAUAGAGAGUGUAAAAGUUACAAACCGCCAUGGCAGACCUUGCCUUGGUGGCAAUGGAAAUCGUUGAACUAAUUUAUUUUUAUGUUGAUGAUUAGUAGGUUGAUCAAAUUGGCAUGUUUCAAAAGCAGGUUUGCUGUGCAGUCAUUGCUUAGUUCUCAAACAUAGUUUUAUAUUUUGCUUAUAGAGUGUACGCUGUACACAUUUUCUAUUGGAUAGCACUGUAAAAAUUAUUGUUAUCUGUCCAAAAUUAAGAAAACGAAUAGCCUAUAUCUAAAAUAUCUAAGUGCAUGCGUUGCAAAAACAUCAUUUUGUCAACAGUUGUCAAAACGCCGAAAAAGUCGGAUAAUAUAACAUGUUGCAAAACUG